AUGGAUAAUAUUCUAUCUUCAACUCCAAAUCGAUUUGAAAUACUUCCCAAUGAAAUUUUUCUUGAAAUCUUCAAAUAUUUAAAACCAAUCGAUUUGAUAAGUUUCAUAGGACAUAAUCCACGAAUCAAUGAUAUUAUACACAAGAGUUUUCUUCCAAUUCAAUUUAUUCGUCUCAAAUUUUGUUAUCCUUGGGACGCAUUAAAUUUACAUUUGUAUACAAAACUACGUUCAUUGAAACUCGAUUAUACUCGUCUGUUGCAAAGACAAUAUUCUCAAUGUCAUAUGUCACUUAAAUAUCUGCGAAUAAUUCUUGUAAAUCCAUUCAAUGAUCUCGAAAAGAUACUUCCCUAUAUGCCUAAUUUAGAAGAAUUGCGUGUCACAGGAAUGAUUCGUGAACGAUCGAUAUUAUACCAUUUUAAAAAAUUAAGUGAAAUUUUUCAUAUUUAUACAUCUAAUUUAAAAAAAUUCGAUUGUGAAUUAUAUUGUGACGAAACAAAUGAACAAGUCGAUAUUCUUAUUAUACAACAACUUCAUCCAUUAUUCAAAAUGAUACAAUGUCAUGAAGACAGUUUUUUUAAAAACUUUCCUUUAGGAAAUCGUCGCAAAUAUUGUUAUGCAACUGAUCUAAUGGAAUAUACAAUUUUCAAAGAGCGUGAAUACUAUGAACAAAUAACACGUAAACCUGCCGAAUAUUAUCCAGUAUUGAGUGGAUAUGACAGUGGUGAAUAUUAUGACCACAAUGAUGAUUUAUUUUGA